CAACUUUUGGCACUUGUUAUUUUGCAUUUUAGCACAUAAAUCCAGUUUGUGUGUUAUUCUCUCGUUUGGUGUGUGUUUUUGUCAUUCGCUCGCUUUAUCAAACGAAGUCUAUUAUUUCUUCAUUAAAAUACUCUCAAGGUGAAAGAUGAAGUUAUUCUUCGUAUUCGCACUUUGUAUAUCAAGCAGUUUUGCUGGAUCGAUUCCAGAACCACAACAUGAACACACGUCAAAAGCGGUGGAUCGAUUGCAUUAUUUCGUUGUAGAUGAUAAAAAUUCUGAAAUAACGAAAUUAUUGAAAGAAGGAGCAAAUACAAUUAUCCGUAUUAUAAAUAAACACAUGCCAGCGCAUGCCGAUCAGACAAACGACGACGAACAUUCGACUGAAGCCACAACCGAAACUUCAACAGAAUCACUAAUAGAACGUAUCAAUAUCAAUGCUUUGAAUCAUAUUGGAUAUACAAAAUUAAUGGAAGCUGUGUCGCAUGGUGAAGGCGAUAUUGUCAAUAUGCUUCUUGAACUGGGCGCAAAACCAAACAUUCAACAACCAGUAUCUGGCACAGGCGCUUUAGCUUUGGCGGCUCAGUAUGGAUUUGAAGACAUUGUUGAAAAUCUGAUUAAACACAACGCCGACGUCAAUAUUGUUGAUAAUAACGGCGAUGAUUCACUUUAUUUGGCACUAAAAAAUGGUUUCUAUUCAAUAGCGGCAACACUCGUCGAACAUGGUGCAAAUCUCAGCCAAUAUAAAGAAUUGUCAAAAUCAACUGUUCUUGGUUGUGUGGCAGCCAAAGUCGAUCUCAAGUUCCGUCUUGUACUUGCAAAAAAUGACAUUCACUUUGAUGACUGGAAAAAUGGACUGGAAAUGGCAAUUAAACAAGGUGAUGCUAAGACAACCGAGUUAAUAAUCAACGAGUGUCCAGUUGAUUUAAGUAAAAUAAAAAAACCGUAUCCACUUCAUUUGGCCGCUAGUGGAGGUUUUGAAGAUGUAAUUGAAGUUCUUCUAAACAAUGGAGCUGACAUAAAUGCGGAGGACAAUUACGGAAAUCAACCGUUAUUUUGGGCGGCAUAUAGUGGAAGAGACAGUAUUGCCAAACAGCUUCUCAAUCACGGUGCUAAAAUCAAUACCAGAAAUAAAAAUGGAUUUACCCCGCUCCAUCUAGCAUGCCAUGAAGGUAAAACAAAGGUUGUUGAAGUCCUGCUUGAAAAUGGAGCCGACAUAAAUGCUACAUCUAAUAAAGGCGAUACUCCGAUUAUGUGGGCGGCGUACUUUAAUCACUUGGACAUCGUACAAAUAUUGAUAAAAAAUCAUGCCAACGUUUAUCUUAACAACAACGCCGGCACCACUGCUCGAGAGUUUGCCAGAGAAAAGGGAUAUUCGUCGAUUGCGAACAUUUUAAUGGAUGCUGAACGAGAUUCUUAAAUAGAAGAAAUUUGGUCACUUUUGUAAAUAUGAAGUUUCGAAUUGAAUAAAAAGCUCGCAGAAAAA